UUUAUGGCUUUUUCAUUGUUAUAAUUUCAGUGGUGACCAUUUUGGGUCCGACCAAAUCAUGAAGGCGUAAAACCCCUGCCGUCGUCGCAAGCCCUUUAGCUCCUGGCGAAAGCGAUAUGGCACCACUUCUCCCGAGCUCGCAGCCAUGGGUGGAGAAGUACCGGCCGAAGCAGGUGAAGGAUGUCGCCCACCAGGAUGAGGUCGUCCGAGUCCUCACCAACACCCUAGAGACUGCUAGCUGCCCUCACAUGCUCUUCUACGGCCCACCCGGCACAGGGAAGACCACCACUGCACUCGCCAUCGCCCACCAACUAUUUGGGCCAGAACUUUACAAAUCAAGAGUUUUAGAACUCAAUGCUAGCGAUGAUCGAGGAAUUAAUGUUGUGCGAACAAAGAUCAAAUCUUUUGCUGCUGUUGCUGUGGGUUCAGGAUCUCAUCAAGGAUAUCCAUGUCCACCUUUCAAAAUCAUUAUACUUGAUGAAGCUGAUUCAAUGACAGAAGAUGCACAGAAUGCCUUGAGACGUACCAUGGAGACUUACUCAAAAGUUACUAGGUUCUUCUUUAUAUGCAAUUAUAUCAGCAGGAUUAUAGAACCGCUAGCUUCUAGAUGUGCAAAAUUCAGGUUCAAGCCUCUUUCUGAGGAUAUUAUGAGUAGUCGUAUCUUGCACAUUAGUAGUGAAGAAGGCUUGACUCUUGAUUCUGAGGCUAUUUCUGCAUUGAGCUUAAUCUCUCAAGGGGAUCUUCGCCGUGCUAUCACAUACCUGCAGAGUGCAGCACGAUUGUUUGGGUCGUCCAUUUCUGCCAAAGACCUAAUUAGUGUUUCAGGGGUUAUCCCUCAUGAAUCAGUUGAGGCACUGUUUAGAGCAUGUAGAUCUGGCAAUUUUGAUGUUGCUAACAAAGAGGUUAACAAUAUUAUAGAAGAGGGAUAUCCAGUCUCCCAAAUGCUUUAUCAGUUGUUAGAGGUGAUAGUUAAUGGUGAUGACAUAUCCGAUGAACAGAAGGCAAGAAUCUGCAAGAAAUUUGGUGAAGCAGAUAAGUGCUUAAUUGAUGGAGCGGAUGAAUACUUGCAACUUCUGGAUGUCGCCAGUAACACAAUGCGAGCUCUCUGCAACAUGUCAGAGGAGCUGCGUUUUGAUUAAUCAGUUUGGUUUGUUUUUAACUAGUUUGUCAGAUGCAAACUAAACUUUACUGAAUGUUAGCUAGAGAAGGCUUAUGGCAUCUUAGUGUUCAUUGAAAAUGGGAUCUGAUGGUUUAUGUCAAUUUGCUUUUAACUGAUCAAACAACUAUAAAGCUCCACUGUAGGAUUCAUAAGCUGUUAAUCCAUUAAAAAUGGGAUUUUUGGUCAAAAAAACCCAUUCAUUCUCUAUUAAA